UGCAAUUGCUGGAUUCGUCACUACCAUUCCGCAAUCUCUUAUCAGAGAAUCCAUGGAGGCCGGAAAAUCUUCCAGGCCGUUAAAACCCUAAACCCUUUACCGACAUAAUGCGCUUCCUCUCCUCAACCACUCCCAGCGCCACCUCUCUCUACUCCUCAAUUUCUUGCCAUUUCAGCUCUGUGCCCAAGCUCCCAAGGCUCCCAAGCCUCCCCUAUAUCCCCUCCAACUACAGACCCCGAGUCGUGCAGGAGGCUCAGAAAGUCCUCACCGAUUACCUCCACACAACCAGGGCCCUGCCGUACGCCUACGCCGAGCACAUAGGCACGAACUCCAUCUUUUCUCUUCGCAGCACCAUCUCCAAGCUCCGAUCUUCGGCUUCCACCUUCUCCAAAAACUUUCAGAAGUUUCUCAGGUACCACCCCAUUAACGAAUUUGAGUUCUUCUUUGAGAGUAUAGGCAUCCACCCUUUGGAAAUUUGUAAAUUUUUGCCUGCUAAGAAGUUCUUCUUUUCGGAGGAUUCGCGAGCCUUAAAUGCAGCCUGCGCGCUUUCGGAUUUUGGGUUUCCGUGGAAAAUGUUGGGCAAGCUGUAUGAGGAGGAGGUCUCCAUUUUUUGUACGAGUCCUCAGGAUUUAACUGCUAGGCUUUGUGGGUUCAAGGCUUUGGGGUUCAACAGUGUUUCGGUGAUUGGUAUUUGUUUGGCUUUCCCUUGCGUGUUGAGUGGAGAGCGUGAAUUGGGUGGUGAGGUUGAUACGUUGUUUGAUGAUUUUAAAAGGCUUUUUAUCGAUUUUGAUUUGACGAGUUUUGUGCAGGAAAAUGUGGAUGCUUGGUACGAGGUUUGUCGGAAAAUUCGGGUGUUUUACAAUUUAGGUUGUGAGAAGGGGAAGACUGGGGAGUUGAUGGGUCGGAGUAAACACAUUUUUCUCAAUUAUUCGGAGGAGGUUUUGGUGAAAAAGGCAGAGUUCUUUUCUAGAUUAAGUGUUAGGAAGGGGAAUGUGGGUUUAUUGCUACUUGAGAAGCCAGAGAUUUUUAUUUUUGAUUUGGAGAGUCGCGAGAUCUCAGUAUUGUGUUUCCUCAAGCAUUUUGGAUUGAGUGUGGAAAAUUUGAAAUCUGUUGCUCAAAAUCGCCCAUAUGUUUGGGGCCGAAAUAAGAUGGCUAAUGUGCCUCACGUGAUGAGAGCAUUGGGUCUUCAUGAAUGGUUCUUUGAUAAGAUAAAAAAUGGAGAUCAUAAUCUCCUAGCUGAUUAUAGUAUUAGCAGUCUCGAUGAGGAUACAGAUAAAAAGUUUAUAGAUACCUUGGACAGAAUCCGUUCUUCAAGAACUCCACUUCACACCAUUGGUAAGUUGAAUUUCUUGCAUGGAAUUGGGUUUGGAGAGAAUUAUUUGACCAUAAAAGUCUUGGAGAACUUGCAUGGGACUAGUUGUGAGUUGCAGGAACGGUUUGAUUGUCUUCUUCGUACAGGGAUUGAAUUCCCUAAGCUAUGCAGGAUGAUCUUCUUGUUACCAAAGAUCCUAAGCCAAAAGCCAGAAACUCUUGAGCGGAAGGUCGAUUUCCUUUGCCAGGAAAUUGGAGUCUCUUUGAAGUACCUUGACAUUUUUCCAGCGUAUUUGAUUUUUGACUUAGAGAACCGGAUUAAGCCCAGAUACAGAAUCCAUGCAUGGCUUACAGAAAAGGGUUUAUGUAGGAAACAGUACUCGCCUGCAAGCCUGAUAGCAACUAGCGAAAAGCAGUUCAUAGCUCGCCUUUACAAAAUUCAUCCUGCUGCUCCAAAGCACUGGCUGGAGCUAUUCUUAUGCAAAAACACAGUAGCAGCCAAAAAAAAAAAGUGAUGGUUUGAAAGAGAUGACAACGGUGUACUCAUUGAUUGGCUAUUUACAAAAUGAUGAAUAACAGAACUGUAAUUACUCAGUGCAGUACAAGUCCUGGUGAAUUACUUUCUCAAUUUGGGAAUCUAGAUCGACACAUUAAGGAGAUCGUCAAUUUGAAAAGAAAAAAACAGAAGAUAUGUGUUUUCCACUUGACCACUUUUGAGAUUGUUUGCAUGCCUAUUGGAUGACCCAUCAUUAAUAGAAUGGCAAACCCAUUUGUGAUCUCUUGGAGAAAAUAGUGAUCUUAGAUAUGAGCAAUGGUGCCAUGUGCCAGCACUGAGUUCUAGCAUUAUCAUAGUGGUGUGCCUUGGUGCAAUCAUGGAAACUGGUCACAACCUUAGUGCAGUGUCAAGGAUUGAUCAGAACAUGUGUUAAUGGUUAUCAAAACAAAGUACUGUGAAAUGUUUGAAAAGUGAGAGGAAGAGGGGUGCAAAAUUUCAAGCAUUUGAAGGCCCUAAAGUCUCAUGGUGAUUUUGGAAGACAGCUGCCCCUAAUAAGGUUGCCAUUUUUACCUAGGAAGUAGCUCAUAGUAAGAUCUUGACCCUGGACAACUUGCAAGAAGGGGGUUCUCCAUUGCCAACAGAUGCGCCCUUUGCAUGGCAGAUGCAAAAUCAGUAGAUCAUAUCCUUCUUGCCCCUGGACUAGAAAUCUUUGGAAUGCGGCUUUGUCUCUUAUUGGACGACUGUGGGUAACCGCUAGAUCUGUUGGAGGGGAGUUCUGGGCCUGGAGAAGGACUCGGACAACAAAGGAAAAGAGGAAGGAUUUGUCUUCCAUUCCUCUUGCUGUCUUCUGGUGUGUUGGAAAGAGAGGAACAGAAGAGUUUUCAAAAAUUCAACCUCAAAACUUCAGUUCAGCAAAGAACAGUGGUUUACUGUGGUUACAAGUUGGCAUAGCGGACUUCUAACAAAUGAGUUUAAUGUAAUUUUUCAUUUUUGUAAACACCCUUCAGGGUGGUUGAUUUCUUGUGCUUUGGAUUGGCAUCCUCUUGAUGCCCUGUUAAUAUAUACUUUCUUUAUUGAUAAAAAAAAAAA